UGCAAUAUAAAUUUAUUCAUAGCACUUGAAGGUUGGAGCGGUUGGAGUACUGUUGUAACUGUUGCAAUAGGUGUUACUGUUUUUUUGUGAUCAUUGUGUAAAAAUAAAUCAAUAAUUACAACUUAAAUUUUUACUUACAAGUACUUACAAGUAAAAAUUUAUACUUGGUAGUUCGCUUAUGUUGUCUUAAAAACAAGUGUUACAUUCUGUGAAAUUGCAAUCUGUGGAUCUUCUUGGAUCUGCUCUAGGAAUUUCUUGGAAAUUUUGGAAUUUCAGAAUGAUCAGAAAAACACCCAAUAAAAUGAAGAGCUCUCGUCAUGAUGAUGUUCAGUAUCAUCGAAUGACAGCACAAAAUGAUGGUUUUGUGGACAUGCAGUUUGAACAAAGUUCACCCCAAAAGAUUCCAUGGAAAGCCAUCCUUCUGUCAUUUGCACUAUUUGUGGGUGGAACAGUGUUUCUUAUACUUGGUUCCCUCUUGGUGUCCGGAACUAUUGACUCAAAGUAUGGAGAUCGCACAUGGCCGCUGAUUAUCAUAGGGUUGAUAAUGUUCAUCCCAGGAGUGUACCACGUAAGAAUUGCUUUUCUCGCAUUUACGGGUUGCAAAGGGUUCUCGUUCGAAGACAUUCCGGGAUUUAAUUAGAUCUUUUCCUUAGAUUAGUUUUGUUCCUUGCUAUGUUCUGUAUGUAAUUUGAAGUAUCAAGUAUAUUCCAAGUGCCAUCGAAUUCUAUUAUUUUCCUAUUAUGUUGCUGUGCAAUACAAAAUAAAAUUUCAAAAUUUUUAAUUAA